AUGCAAUGUUAUUGUAUUUAUUCCAUUACAGAUGAGUGUAUGCACUGCACUGGUGAGGACUACAGAGGAAACAUCUCCAUCACAGAAAACAAGCACACGUGCCAACGCUGGGACACCCAAGAACCACACAGCCAUGUGUUCAACCCCAGCAUUCAUCCAGAAAUGCAUCUUGUGGAGAACUUCUGCAGAAAUCCCAAUGGAGGCCGCCAACCGUGGUGCUACACCACUGACCCAUCCAUACAAUGGGAGUACUGCGUUAUACCCCGCUGCUCAUCUGAGCCCCCUACCAUCAUCCCAGAGCUGACCUGUGCCACCGGUAAUGGUGAAGCAUACAGAGGCACAAAUGCCAUGACUGAAUCUGGCAAAACAUGCCAGUACUGGUUGGAUCAAAGUGAACACACGCCACAGAACUAUCCCUGCAAAGGCCUGGAUAAUAACUACUGUCGUAAUCCCGACCAAAAGGAGAGACCCUGGUGUUACACCACUGACCCUGAAACUCCGUGGGAGUACUGUGAUGUGCCGAGCUGUCAGGAUGGAGACGGACCAGAGAGCCCCAGAGAGGAGGAAGACUGUUAUGUGGGGGACGGAUCAAGUUACCGUGGCAUAACAUCAGAGACCAUCAGUGGAAAAAGAUGUCAAGACUGGAGCUCCAUGACCCCUCACAGCCACAAUUAUACUCAACAGAACUACCCCAAAGG